AUGCGGCAGCUGCAGCAGCAGCAGCAGCGAGAGCAGCCACACCACCUACAGCAGCAACGGCAGAAACAGCAGCUGCAGCAACAGCAACAAAAGCAGCAGCAGCAGGGGCAGCAGCAACAGCAGCAGGAGCAGCAGCAACAGCAGCACCUGCUAUACCUCGCUUCUUCAUGGCUCGCCCCUUUAUUUCUCUCCUUGGAGACGCUGAACCAGCAGAACCAGAGGCCGACUGGCUCAACCCCCAACUGGUUUGCUGCUGCUUCUGCUGCUGCUGCUGCUGCUGUUGCUGCUG